AUGACCGGCAAGACAGUCGGACUGGUUGUCGGCCGUGAUGAUGAGAUUGACUGCGUUAUUUCCAUCCUCUGCCGCAAGACCAAGAACUACGCUGCGGCGCGCUGGUUGGUCCCUCCGUGCGAGGGGGGAGGGCCAGCACCUUCCCGUCGCUGUCGCGGGGCGUUCUUGGCUCCGAUCGCUUGCCGGCUCCGGGCAGAUUUUGGAGGGGACAAUCGUGCCGGGAUUAGCCGGACGCUGCACCGGAUCAGCGCGAUUAGGAACAGGCAGGGAGACAUUGUAGGACUGACCUGCCGCGUCGGGAGGGCUGUGCCCGGAAGUGCUAAUUUGCUUCAGGAUUUGGUGAAGGCUGGUGGGUCGUUGUUGCUCAUCGGCCCACCAGGGGUGGGGAAGACAACUGUCAUAAGAGAAAUUGCACGAAUGCUAGCAGAUGACUACGAUAAGCGGGUGAUGAUUGUUGAUACAUCCAAUGAGAUAGCUGGAGAUGGCGACAUUCCUCACCCAGGAAUAGGCAAUGGCCAUAGGUUGCAAGUGCCUAUCCAAGAAAUGCAGCAUAAGGUUUGCUCUAUUGAGUUUAAUACCUUGCUGCCUUGUGAAGUGUGCACAAUCGUAUAUGUUCGUAUUGUACUGCUCACAAGACUAUUGCUCGGCAUUGACACACAUGCUUAA